ACCAUUCAUUUACAUGCAGGAAUCGCACGAGACGACCGAAGGCCCGUUAUUACUAGUUCCUUCAUCAUGGCCGACGUUCCAGCGUUAAUAAACAUCUGCGUGUCGUUAAAGAUCCAGCCGAAUGACGGCCCGGUGUUUUUUAAAGCGGACGGGUCGCGGUUCGGACAGACGCGGACAAUAAAACUGCUGACGGGAUCCAAAUAUAAAAUCGAGGUGGUGCUGAAACCGGGGAACGCCGAGCCGGUCUCUAUGGGAAUCGGUGGGAAAAGCUUUGAUCUGGAGCAGCAGUCUAAAGAUGAAGAGUCUGCCCUAUAUCACGGGCUUUACGACACCGAGGGUGUUCCUCACACCAAAAGCGGAGACAGACAACCUGUACAAGUUUCCAUACAGUUCAAGGAAGCGGGCGUCUUCGAGACGGUGUGGCAGGUGAAGUACUACAACUACUACAAGCGUGAGCACUGUCAGUUCGGCAACAAGUUCACCUGCAUCGAGUAUGAGGUGAAGCCCAAUGAGACGCGCAGCCUCAUGUGGAUCAACAAGGAGGUCUUCCAGUAAAACACGGCCAUCGUGCCGUAGUCCGAUUCGAGCACAGCACGGCAGCACUACACAUCUGUAUGAACAGUAACCAUCACUGGGCAGAUUGUGUACUGUGUAUUAAUCAAUUCAAGAUGGUGGGCAUCUGUAGCAUGGCUAACUCACUUCUACUUCUACCGUGUGAGCCAUGCUAGAGCGCAGAACCUGUGGAGAUCCAUGCUAUAUUAUGUUAUUUUUGUGUUUUUGUGCAUGUAAACUUUUAUACAUAUCUUUGUUUGAGUCAGGACCUGUCACCUGGAUGAAUACUGCUCUUACAGUUUGUGUUUUUGUGCAUGUUCUAUGUUUACACAUAUCAGCUAGUCGUUAGUGACACUAAGAUCGUUCCUAUUAGCGCUCCUACUGUCAUAACUUAGAACCAGAGGCUUCACAGCCGAAAUCGCUGGAUAGAUAGUCAAGCCAGGUUUAUUUGCGAAACCCAAAAUGACGACCACGUCUCAGGAGCUAAUCGAGCUAAACUAUGUCCAGGUAGGAUGUGUACUGUGUUACGCUCGGUCGUUUCACACAUCUUGACUUUAUCUGGAUUCAGAUUAUUAUGGAGUCACCAACAUCAGCAGUGAGCAUGUGCAGCACCUAUUGGAAGGGUUUUGUUUUCUCCUCAUGUGUAUCGUAUUACAAAUGGUGACUGGACUUUUUAAAGUCUGUGCCUCCACUGUAGAAUCAGAUUCCGUUUAUUGUCAUCGACUGCUUUUGUAGUUCAUCAGCAUUACAGUUCCAACACGUUGAGAUGCUUUUCUGCUCACCACAGUUGUAAAGAGCAACCCUGCCAUGUUUAAAGUCUCUGAGAUCGCUUCAGAUUAUUUUUAUCUUCCUGAAACUCGAUGUCCUACGUGAUGCAGUGUCCUACUGCCAUGCAAUUGGCUGAUUUGGGUAAUUUCAUGAACCAACCAAGGUACAGGUGUAUCCAGAGACGAUCCUGACCUCCCUGGGGCCCUAAGCAAAAUUCUGCUAAGGGGCCCUCCUACCUGACCCUUGAGCCAUGUAAACCAUUUGCCACACAUUCACACUUGCACUGGCAGCACUGCACAGCUAAUUUAGCUAGUCAGAUAGAGACUAGAGACAGAAUCAACUUAACUUUACUGUUAUUUGCUCUUGCUGACAUCAAACCUGAAGAGAACACAAGUUUACCUGAUUGCUGUUCUCGCAUUUCACUCUAUUUUGUUACUUUUUUCUCUUUUCAUGGCCAGAUGGAUAGCUCCACUUCAUAUUGGCCACGUUCACACUGCAGGUAAAAGUGGCCCAAAUCAAAUUUUUUUCAAAUCAGAUCUGGGCCACUUCCAUAUGUGGUCCUGAAUCAGACCCAAAUCUGAUCUUUUCCAAUGUGGCCGCAGUGUGAACAGCCAAGGCGGAUUUGAUGCGACUUUUACGUCAAUCUACAUCGACAUUCGUCACAAUUAUGCGCCGGCGAAACCUUUUUUUUUUUUUUUUUUUUUUUUUUGCGCUGGCGAAAACGUGACACAAACGUGACUGGUAACGUGUGUGUUAAGAGUGUUAUAUAAAGUGGUUACGUGAACCAGCUCAUAAUGCUUGCAUUGAAUACAUCACAUUAUAGCAUUACAUGAUAUGUUUGCUUGCACCAGAUGAUACAAUACUUCCUCCAUAACCUGCGUGUGACGUCAUUGUUAUUGUUCGUUCGCGCAUGCGGGUCAGUUCGAAACAGCAAACAGUUCACACUGGUAUCUGAUAUAGGCCACAUUUUAAAAGGUAAUGUGAACAACCAAACAAAAAAAUCAGAUCUGAGCAAAAUAUCCGAAUUGAGCAUUAAGACUUGCAGUGUGAACGUGGCCAUUGUCAUCUACACAGUAAACAUUAACACACGCUGUAAAAUGAGGCAACUUGCGUAGUGAGCGUAUAGGGCCGAUCGGAUUUGGGUGUAUCUAAUAAAUCAGCCACUCAUAUUCAAACUACCAAAGCAGGAGGUCCGAGAUGCAUUUUCGUCUCGUGUAACAAAAUGUAAAUGAACGUGUUUUUCUGAUUAAACCCUGUCUAAAUAUGUGACGCACUCGCUCGGACAACAACCGUCCUCUUAAUCAGAGCUGAUUUGCAUAUUAACGUUUGGCUACCGGUAUCGAUACAAGCAUUAGAAACAACAAAGAAUUACAAAUCCAAGCUGUGUGAAAUGUGCCGGUGCAAAAUGCAGCUGAAUAUGAGUUUAGUUAAGAAACCAGGUUUUUGACCAGUGAUGCACGGUACAUUUUUCUGCCCCGUUAUGGUUACACACAAUUUCAACGAUCGCACCAUGAAGUAACUCCAGUAUUCUCGCUGAAAUAAAACAGAGCAAUUGUCAGGAAUAUUUGCUCAAAAAAAGGUGCUGCAUUGUUAUAUAUUGAUUUCAAACUAUUUAUUGAUGAUGUGUAAUAUAAUGAAUAAUAUUUACUACAUUGUGAUGAUGAUCUGGCGCUGGCACUGGUGAUGAUGUAGGACUGUUUAUGCUCGGUGGUGUGUGUUUAUUUAUCGUCUGAAUGAAUAUUUCCUCGAGUUGCCCUGUAUUGAUUUUAUGCAGCAACAGUGAUAGAAAGUUCAACUGAUUUAUUCCGUGACAUACAAUCGAGCACUACACACGUCUGUGUGUUUAUCCCCAGGGUGUGAAAAUCAUUAUUGACUUAUUCGGGUGUGAAUUUGUUUGCUAUGAAUAAACGUUUUUUCUCAGUGCACCUCAUUCACUUACAAUAAUUGAUUUAACAUAUCACAUGAAUUGACACUUUAAAAUAAACAAUAUUACCAGAACUGUUCAAU